UUCUUAUGAUAAGUAGUCAAUUCGUUCUGUAUCUUUUUUUUCUUCCGCUGUGCAACAUCAAUCAGCUCUUCAGAAAGCUACAGUCAGCAUGGGCGUGAAGAAGAAAGUGCGCAAGUUCGCACAAGUCAAACGCGCCAUUACCUUAAGGGACAGUCGCUUAAAGAAUCCUCAAGAGAAAAAGCCUGAAAAGAAAGAUGAUGGGGUGGUACGAGAAAUACCCCAGGUUUCGUCGUCUCUCUUUUUCCAGUACAAUACGUCUCUGACACCGCCAUAUUCGGUCUUAGUCGAUACCAAUUUUCUCUCACACAGUGUCCAGCAUAAAUUGGAGGUGAUACCGACUAUGAUGGAUUGUCUCUAUGCAAAAUGCAUCCCUAUCAUUACAGACUGCGUUCUCGCAGAACUGGAGAAAUUAGGACAGAAAUAUCGACUUGCCUUACGAAUUGCUAAGGAUCCUCGUUUUGAACGGAUAAAGUGUGACCACAAGGGAACCUAUGCCGAUGAUUGCAUAGUUGAUCGAGUUAUCAAGCAUAGAAUCUAUAUCGUCGCGACGAACGACCGAGAUCUGAAAAGGAGGGUUCGUAAAAUCCCUGGUGUUCCCAUAAUGAAUGUUGCUCGAGGGAAAUAUGUCAUAGAACGUCUACCUGAUGCUCCAGAAAAGUAGUACGAACGGUUUCCUUGGUAUAGAGUUGGAAGUGGAUUUCAAAAUAAGCAGGAUCUGGAGUUUCAUAGGAGUAUUACUGAUUUUAUAUCAUUCGAUCUUAGACCAUAUUAAAAUGGAGUUCAUGACUUAUGAUUUCUAUUCUAUUAUUAGACAAAAUAAAGAACAAAUUUUGAAA